UACUAACUGUGAGAAUCAUUCACACAGAGACCCAAAGCCAAACAUGAAGGUAAAGAAAAAAGGAGGCAAGGUAUUCCCUUCUGCUUCUUCUUCUUCCUCCUCCUCUGUCAGUGGAACACGAGGAGGAGGAGAAAGAGAUGUUCUUUCAGUUUUGAAGCUUCUUCCUGCAGCUAUUCUUGCUCUCGUUUCAAUCCUCUGUUUCGAGGACCGUGAAGUCCUUGCUUACAUGAUUACUCGUUCCAUCAACCCUUCACCUUCAAUACUCCCAAACAAGCCUAUAAAGAGAUCAAAUCACAACAACAAGAGCAAAAGCAACCCAAGUGGCGGUGGCGUUAAAGGACAUAAGCCGCCGGUUUUUGACUGUGAUUGCUUCCAUUGCUACACAAAUUACUGGCAUCGUUGGAACUUUUCCCCGAAUCGGGACUUGAUUGAGGAGGCGAUUGAGGCAUUCGAAGAACAUUUGUCCAACGAUGAAAAAUCAAGGAAGUCCGGCAAGAGGCGCGACAAGGCUAAUCGCCGGAACGGUGAGAAGCCACUGAUGAGCCCUGUUCAUGAGACUGAUAAACCAACGUCUCCCUCUCCUACGGAAAAUGUGUUGUAUCCAAUUACAUCCUCUGAGACUGUGGUUACUGGAUCGGCUGCGAUGGUGCAUUCUCCGGGGAGCACCCACAAAGGUUUUGCUAGGAAGGUGUUGCCGGACUUGUUAGGGUUACUGAAUUCCCGUUUAUGGAGUCUUUGGAAUCCAAAUGGUUGAGUUAUUGAUUGAGAAAUGAAAAUAAAACAUUUUUCGAGCCCAGAAAAUAAAUAAAAGUAUUUUGUUAUGGGUAGAUUUUCGCUGUCAUAAGUUUCAAUCUCCUGCCGGCAGGAAGUCAUUUUCUCGGCGGUGAACAUUGUUUGGCUGCUUUUCCUGGAAAAAAUUUGAUGUAAUAUAUGUUGGUGAUUUGUUCUUAUUAAUUGCUUUGGAAAUAAGAUUCUAAGAUU